CCUGGAACCCACACUUCACCUCCUUGGUGUGCAGUUUAAUGAGAAUAUGGCCCAAGACAUCAUGACAAGACAGCAUGGGGCUGCAACAAAGCUUUUAUAUGAAUUGUAUAUUGCUUUAGAAAAAAAGAGGAAGGCAAAGCUCACUGGGGUAGCUGUGGGAGCAAUGAGACCUGCAGCAACUGCAAAGCUUACGUCUGCUGAAAGUGGAAAUCAAGAGCAUUACAUAGGAAGGAGACAAAAUGAGAUAAUGGCCAGGAUUCAAACAGCAGUUAUAGAAAUUCAAAAACAACCAUCAAGAUCCACCAUAAAAUCUUUUGAAGCCAAAAGAUUCUUAAAGAAGAAGAGGGAAGCAGAGAACGUAUACAAGGAGAUAGAAAAGUUUGAGAAAUCUAUGACAGGAAAUGCCUCUGAAGUACACAGCCACAGUGAUAUGCAAGAACUAUUGCAAACACAGAAGUUUCAAGAAACAAGUCUAGAAACUAUACCAGAGAUGAGAACUGAGCUGCUAAAUAUUUAUUCAGAUGAUGAAUAUAUAAAGAAAAUUCAAACACGUGUACAGGAAGAUACAUUCACUAGAGAGCAACGAGCAAAGAGACGAAGAAAAAUGCUAGUGGAUCAGUUAGCAGAACAUGAGGCUCAAGAGAAGGCUUACCGGGAGGAGCAGCUCAUUUACAGACUAAUGAAACAAUCUCAGCAUGAGCGAAGGAUUGCUACUCAACUCAUGCAUGUUCGGCAUGAAAAAGAGGUGCUAAGGCAAAACAGAAUUUUCAGGGAAAAGCAAUAUGAAGAAAGACGACAGAAGGAGUUCCAGGAAGCUCUUGAUAGAGAAGCGGCUCUUGCAAAACAAGAAACUAUUGAUAACGAAGAACAAAUAGCCAGAGAAAGAGCAUACCAUGAGAAAAUUGCUGCUGAAAGAGCUCAGGCACGCUAUAAAAAGCAUUAUUCUAUAUGUUGGGAAAUUAUAUGCCAAAUCAUUGAUAUAUCAACAAAAGUAGGAGAAUAUCGUCAGCUGACAAACAACCGUGUUCCACUAAAACUGGUGCUGGAUUGGAAAGAACUUUUUUUUAAUGGAAAACCAAUAUAUGAACAAGCCUCAAUUCAACCUUUACCAGAUGAACCUAGCCCAGAACAACUUGUAGAGCUGAAUAAAAUGAGUCUGUUAGAUGAAAAAGAUUAUGGUGAAUACAAGAGUAUGACAGGGGAAUGGAGCCCAACUGAAGAGAACAGUGAAAACAAACCUCCUCUUAAUAAUAACAUAUUGGGUCAUGUGCUUCGUAGACUGAUGGAAAUGUUCUAUCCUCCAAAACCCAAAUCUUCACGUGAAUUUCCUUCAUUUCCCGUCAAGGGAUGUAUUUUGGGAAAAAUGUUUAGUGGAAAAACUACCUGUGCAAAGUUUGUUGAAAAAGUUUGCAAUAUUCAGGUACUAUCUGUUGGUACUCUGGUUCAGGAGGCCAUUGAAGCUUUUCUUAAUAAUGAAAUGAAAAGUGAAUCCAGCAUAAUUUCACAGGAAGCAGAGAGUUCUGGAGAGCAAAAUGAGGCCCAGGAGAACUUACCAAAUUCACCACCAAAUCUUCUAGAGGAGCUCCAAACAGAGCCCACAACAGAAGUUCCCACAGAACCUAUUUUAGACAAUUGUCUUGUUGAAAAGGAUCCGUCCCAGCAUGAAAUCCAGGAAGAAUUUGAAUUAGAUAAGAGUCAGGAUGGCCUAUCCAAGGAUCCAUCUCAGGAUGAAAUCCAGGAGGAAUUUGAAUCGGAUAAGAGUCAGGAUGGCCUAUCUAAGGAUCCAUCUCAGGAUGAAAUCCAGGAGGAAUUUGAAUCGGAUAAGAGUCAGGAUGGCCUAUCUAAGGAUCCAUCCCAGGAUGAAAUCCAGGAGGAAUUUGAAUCGGAUAAGAGUCAGGAUGGCCUAUUUAAGCUGUCUGUACGUGCCCAGCUUGGUGCUGCAUCACAGAAAUGGCUGAAGAACGGCAAAAGUGUUCCUGAUGAAUUACUAAUUGACAUCCUCUUGGAAGCCAUUACCCAAAUACCACCAGAGAAGGGGUGGAUUGUGGAGGGGUUUCCAAUGACAAUUAAUCAGGCAAAGCUAUUUGAAAAAUCCUAUACAGGGAUUGAUGUAGAAGCAAAAGAUCCAAUUUCUGAAAAGCUUUCCCUUGCUAUAGAUCCCAGAACCCCUAACAAGCCUCCUUCUACCUCACCUGCAUUUGAUGUUUCUAUAUUAUUGGAUAUUUCAGACAGUCUGGUACUGAAACGUGCAGCUGACAUGAAGUGUGAAAGAAAGGCAUCUCAGGCUGAACAGAGCAGCGAUCAAAAUUCAGAUGCCGAAAUCCUAGAAGAGAAUAUUGAUUUGGCCAGGGAGCAGGUGCUGCAUAGGAUUUCAGGCUUCCUAAAGACGUGGCCAAAAUUAGAGAAAUGGUUUUCCAGCCAUCAAAACAAUCUAGUGAAAGUAAAUGCAGAGACAGAAGAAAGUCUUGUGUGUGAAACAGUGAAGGAAAUUAUAAUAGAAGAAAUGGUGAAAAAUCAGAAUAGAAGGGCUGCUGAAGAAAUACCACCAGAAAAAGAAAAUGUUUCACCAGUUACAAAUGAAGAAGAGGUUUUACCAGUCACAGAUGAAGAAGAAAAGGUUUUACCAGUUAUAGAGCCUUCUCCCUUGCCUGAAGAACCACCAACGAUCGAACCAGGAUCAGAUGAAUGGAUUUAUGUAGAUGAACCACUUCCCCAGGAGAUAAUUGAUUUUUUAGUACCUUACUGGGAAAUGGUAGAAAAUACAUAUAUGAAUACAAUCAAAACUGUACUUAGGUGUCUGAGGGAUGAAAAGUACACUAUAAUUCAUUACACAGCAGAUAUUAGAAAAAAAUUUCAAGAUUAUUUGAAACGUCCACAUCUUAAGCAGGAGCUUGUAUCUCAGUGGCAAGCAGAUUUUAAUUCAAUUGCUAAUGAGCUGCAAGACGAUGAGGAAACAAAAGCUGAACUACACCAAAGGGUUACUGACCUAAGAGAUCUUCUCUGGGAUAUCUGUGACAUCAGAAGGAAAGAAGCAGAGCUGGAACGUACUGAUAUCAUGAAUGAAGAGUGGUUACCUGAUCGUAGGGGGAUUGCAAUGAACCAUUACUUUACACUUAUGCAGGUUGAACUGGAUCGUUUCCAAGAUACAAAGAGACUUCUUCAUGACUAUUAUAGGGCAAUGGAAGGAAAAAUCCCAACAGAAGAUAAUCAAGAUUUUACUAGAAUCCCAUUGUUAAAUAUUAUUAAUAGAGAAGAGAAAGAAGAUCAAGAUGAAUCAAGAAGGAUUCCUCUAGUUUCUUUGAAACCACCUUCACCCGGUGGUGAGUCAGAAAAGAGUGGAACUAAGAAGAGGAGUCUUCAGGAUAAGAGUUCUGAAAGUGGAGUGACCACUUGCAGGACUGAUAAAAAUCUUGUUAUUGAUACAUGGCAAACAGCAGUAACAGCGGUAUCAGAUAUGGUAACAGCUGAAAUAGAGUUUAGAGAAAUGGAGGAAGAACAAGAACUUCAGCUAAAACAGAAAUCUUCGAAAGCUGCACAGAAACAACCAGGCAAAGCGGCUGGGAAAGAUACCAAAGGUGCCAAAAAGGCAUCUUCCAAAUCGCCUCCUAAAAAAAAAGGAGCAAAAGCUACUCCAGCUUCUAUAGACCCAGAAGAAUUAAGGAAAGAAGAACUGGCACUUAAAAUAAUGCAAGAAUAUUUCAGUGCCUUGAAACAUGAGGAGGCAGCCACAAAAUCUCGGCUAGAACUUAUAAAAGAAAAAGCUUUAGUAUAUCUUGAGGAUCUAAAAUUGAAAGCAGAAGAGGCUUAUAAAGAUAUGGAAAAGUGGCUUGGAUCCACCUUCUUGGAGGAAAGAUCAAGUGUUGAAAAAUUGGUAGAGGUUGCACGACAUCAUAUUGAGAGUUCUAGCAAAAUCCUAUAUGAAAUGACUUUAGAAGGAACAGAUUUCUACAUCAAUAGAGACGUAAAAAUGGUUCCUGACCCUGUUCCUGACCCUGUUCCUCCACCAGAAUUUCAACGCAUAGAAACCUCUGAAAGCAGUACUCUAACUAUUUCACAACUUGCUACACUUCAUAAGCAGUUUCUACAGCUGGCACCUAAAGGUUUUUUACCAAAGAAAUUAUUUAUUGAAGCUGUUAGUGACUUGGUUAGUUUGAAUCUUGGAAUAAAUUGCUUUCCUGAUGCAUGGAAGAACUUAACACUUGCAGAUUUAGAAAAUCUGGCGUCUGAAUUCACAGUGAACUCAAAACUCACUGACUGGCGCAGAUUCUUGCUGGCAGCAGCACAGCCUUGGCCAGUGCCCUCGGUGACACAACUCCUCCAAACACUGCAUGUCUUCAGGUCUGUUGAUGUCACUGGAUCAGGCUUCAUUACACAGGAACACUAUUUACAGGCUGGCUUAUGGUUUAAUGGAAAUGAAGAUCUGAGCAUAACAGAAAGUUGCGAAGAACCUGUGUCUUCAGAAAGGCUAAAACACCUCAUAAAGUUUUUCUUCCAUUUAUUUGCGGAUACCGAAAAAGACCCUGCUCUGCUGGACUAUACUGAGAUGCUGCUUUAUUUUGCCUCCCACUCUGAUCCAGUUGAAGGUGUAUACAGAGCACUUAGCAUUGCUACUGGAGCAAAUAUUCACAGAAAAAAGAAAGCCUCCCUUCCACGUGUGGAUUCUUCAGGUCCCAACAUAUUGUCAAAUGAAAAGACUUUAAGAGAGGAUGAAAAAGAAGUCUUGAAUUACACAGGUGAAGAAAUUAUUUCAGUGGCAUCUCUACUCAAAGUGUUUCAUACUGGAGGAAGUAAAGAUGAAGACUGCCAUAGAUUCAGCUGUCUGGAGAAGGCAGACAGCUAUGAUAAGCAUUUCAUCAAGAUGUACCAAGAAUUAGGUGCUGAAGAUCUGACACCCAUUGCAUUUGAACUCCUUUUGAAGCAUCCUUUCAUGGAAAAUUUGAUUAACACAUGCCAAGAAUACAAACUACCUGAUAUAAAUGUCUUUCUCCAAAGAUCCAAAGAAGCACAAUCAACUGAUGGGGAGCAAAACACAUGUGAAGACAUAAAUGUAUGAAAAAUUACUGUUUAUGAACAUUAAGAAAUCUUUUUUCUCCAAGCCUGUAAGAAAUGUGUCUUACAGGUCCAGUCCUCUCUUCAAUUAGAAAAGUUUUUUGUUUAUUGUUGCAAGAGCAAAAUCCCACUCCAACUACACAUUUUCUGUUACUUUAAAAUUAAAAAAAGAAAAAC